CCGACACAGUGUUGCCAGGUGUGGCGAUUUAUCGCCAAAGUGGCGAUUUUGAAUGAUUGUUUGGCGGAGAUAUUUGACUUUUGGCGGGUGGCGGAAAAGUUGGCGAUUUUCGAUUCGAAGUGUGAGAUUAAUGGCGACUUACUACUAUACUACUAUAAUCAAUGGUAAUAGUGGUAAUACUUAUCACAAUAUCAGAAAAUUGAUAAUAGGCAUGUUUUUAUCACAUUAAUUUUGUUUAAAUAAGUUAUAAAAUAUAUUAUCAGAUUUAUUGUUGCCUUCUCAACAUUUUAAAUAGUUAUUUUUAAACAAUUACAAUGAUUAUCAAGGGAAAACCUAGUCUAAGAUAUGUUGCAUAUACAUAUCUGCUACAUACACAUACACGUACGAAGUACGUAAAAAAAAAAUCACGCAUUGAAGCCAUUGAAGGUUUAUACUUUAAGCGUGUCAUCACUCAGCCCGCAGCCGUCAGCUUUUACUCGCUAGUCCUGAAGAUUGAAAAAUGGGUAAAAUUGAAAAACUCAGAAAGUAUAGAAAAUCAUGGGAAAAUGAAUUAUGGGCUAAAGGUUGGUUAGCACCAGCUGAUUCAACUGCGAACACAGUUGCAGAAGCUUAUUGUAAAGUAUGCCGUUCGUUUUUGAGAGCACAUGUAACCGAUUUGAAAAGGCAUGCAAAAACAAAAAUCCACAGUGAUAACAUGGUCCAGUUGAAUCCAAUGAAAAAAGAUCAGUCUGUAUUAAGUAACAUUGUUAAAAUAUCUAACGAACAAAAAAUUAUAGAUUUGAAAUUAGCUGUCUAUGUAAGUACACACACUUCAAUUAUGAGUGUCGAUCAUUUGGGUGAAAUAUUGAAAGUGCUUGGCAAAGGUACUGCAUUAGCCAAUUUAAAACUUCAUCGAACUAAAUGUUCUUCAUUGAUUCAAAAUGUAAUCGCACCAACCUUACUUGAGGAACUUGUGCAAAAUAUUGGCACAAAUUAUUAAUCAUUGAUUAUCGAUGAAUCCACUGAUGUU